AUGAGCCAAACCAGGGAGGAACUUAUAGGCUUGCGUCAGGACUUGUAUGAGCUGCGGUCGACCGUUCGCUCCUGUGAGAACCGUCUGAAUAAAGUAGAAGAGACGGUACAAACACUUUUGGAGGCGCAGGCUAGUGGUUCUGGAAGUGAUUCUGGCAUAAUUAAGGUAGUUGAGGCGCUGGAAGCGAAUGUAGCUAGGCUACAGAAUGACCUAAACGACCGCGAUCAGGAGUUACUGGCCAACGAACUAGAAUUUAGCGGCCUGCCUGAAGAGAUUGGAGAAAAUCCAAUGCAUCUCGCGUUGGCAUGUGCUGCCAAGCUCGGCGUACCGCUGGAGGAGCGCGAUGUGGUAAGCUGCGCGCGCGCUGGUGCUCUGAGGCGCGAGGUGGGCGCGCGUCCCCGGCCGCUGGCACUACGGCUAGCGCGUCGCGACACACGUGAGGACUUGCUGCGCGCUGCGCGCGUGUGUUGUCACGUUACUACAGAGGGUCUGGGCCAGAAGAGCGAACCGCGGCCUUUCUAUGUUAACGAGCGGUUAACAAAGUUGAACCGGCACCUCUUCUAUAGGUCGAGGCAAAUAGGUAGUCGUCUACAAUGGAGGUACAUUUGGACCAAAGAUGGCAGAAUUUAUGCGAGGAGGGAUACCGAAGCCCCGGCUCAUCGAAUUCGCAGUGAAGCGGAUCUGCUGAAAACUUUUGGGCCCGACGGCGUUCGUUCACAGACAGCAGAAUCCUAA